CGCGCCUGCCCGGCGCUCAGCUCCGGGGGCGCCGUCUGCCUGCGCGCCCUGCACCCCUGCGCGUGUCCGCCCGGCACCCCGCGACCCCGCCCGGCGGCCUCCGCAGCCCCAGGCGCUUCGGUCGGGAGCGAGCGGGACCCGCCGCCAUGGAGCCCGGGCCUCUGGGCGCUUCCGGGCCCGCGGAGCCGGGGCCUCGCGUGCGCGGCGGGUGCGGCGCGGCCCCGGCGGCCCCGGCCUCCUCGCUGGCGGUGGCGGCCGUGCUGCCGGCGGGCGGGAGCGGGGAGAGGAUGGGCGUCCCCACCCCGAAGCAGUUCUGCCCGGUCCUGGAGCGGCCGCUCAUCAGCUACACCCUGCAGGCCCUGGAGAGAGUAUGUUGGAUAAAGGACAUUGUUGUGUCAGUAACUAGAGAGAACAUGGAAGCAAUGAAGGGUAUUAUUCAGAAGUACCAGCAUAAGCGCAUCUCACUAGUUGAAGCUGGAGUGACCCGCCACAGGUCAAUAUUCAAUGGACUAAAAGCUCUGGCUGAGGAUCAGCCAGACUCCAAGCUCUCGAAGCCAGAAGUAGUGAUUAUCCAUGAUGCUGUGAGACCUUUUGUGGAGGAAGAUAUUCUCCUUAAAGUGGCCACAGCUGCUAAGGAACAUGGGGCAGCAGGAGCAAUUCGCCCUCUUGUAUCCACCGUCAUCAGUCCAUCUGCCGAUGGUUGCUUAGACCACUCCCUGGAACGUGCCCGACACAGAGCAAGUGAAAUGCCACAGGCUUUUCUAUAUGAUGUGAUCUAUGCAGCAUAUCAGCAGUGUAGCGACUAUGACCUGGAAUUUGGAACUGAAUGUUUGCAACUGGCUCUAAAAUACUGUCAUGUCAAAGCCAAACUUGUGGAAGGAUCACCUGAUCUCUGGAAGGUGACCUACAAACGAGAUUUGUAUGCAGCUGAAUCGAUUAUUAAGGAAAGAAUUUCACAACACAUUUGCAUAGUUAUGGACACCAAAGAAGAUGAAGAACAUAUAGGUCAUCAUCUUGAAGAAAUGCUAAAAAAUGAGUUAAAUCAUGUGAAAGUCACAUCUGGGCCUCUGGGUCAUGCUGGCAGAGAUCUCCAGCAAAUCAUCUUAGAGCAAUGCUACAGUUUUGUUUGCGUGAAUGUUAUGCUCUCUGCAUUUGAAGAAACCCAGAAACUACUGAAUAUGCUUAAAGAGAGUCAUCUUUCUGUUUUGUAUCCUGUUGUUGUUAUUUCAGUGCAUUUUCUUGAUUAUAAAUCAGUACAUUUUGAUCAUAAAAUGGAAAACCUAAUGCAGAUUAGGGAACUAGCAAAGGAAGUGAAAGAAAGAAAUAUUUUAUUAUGUGGACUUCUCAUAUAUUACCCACAGGAUGAGCAGAAGCUCCAGGACAGUUUAAGGCAAGGGGCCACAAUAAUUGCCACACUCAUCAAAGAGAGAAAUUCUGCAUUCAUUGGUCAGCUACUGGUAGCAUGAAGGACACAGAGAAAAUUGCCUACUGAGUUUAAAGAAGUGUUUAAGUUCCUCUGUCCUGCUUCCCCUCCCUGUUGUGUGUGGUAGCAUAUUUAAGUUGUCUUUUAUGUCUCAUAAUUUGUAGGAUAUGAUGCUUGGGUUAUAAAAGUGGAUUAAUGUUUUGUAUUUGUGAAAUAAAAAUUUACUUUCAUGCAUGUCAUAUUUAAAUUGCCCAAACAGGUAAGGUAAGGAUAGGUAAGUGGAAAAUAGUGGCCUUCAUAUAAUCUUUUUACAAAAGUAUGAAAGAUCAAUAGAAACAAUCAUGUGUGAGCUAAUCCUCCAAGGAAUGAGAACUUAGAAAUCUUAAACUAUUCUCUCUGUGUUAAUUACUAAAUCACACUGUAAUGAAACGAAUAGAUAAGGUUCAGAAUUAUAUUUCUUUAAAAUUGUCCUCUCAUCAUUAGAUAUUGACUUGUGUUCUAAUUUUCCAUGCCUUAAAAAACAAAACAAAACAUAAAAACAAACAGAAAACAAUGAGAUUGUAGGGAUUCUUUAAAUAUAUUCACUAUUGGCCCUCAACAUUACUCACGAUUCCUAAAUGAGAUGUAAUAUACUCCUUAGAUUACAUAAUUUUUACUCAUUUUAAAAGGUCUCUGAUCUUUCUGAAUGCAUUUAAGAGAAGACUGGAAAACUUCAUAAAAGUGAAGUUAUUUUAGUGAAGCCCAAGUUAGUCUUCAAAAAGACAGGGAGCCAUUGCAAGAAUUUAAUUAUUCUUUUGAUACAGAUACUAUUUUUUAAGUCAAGUUUUUAUUCUUUCAAAUUUCCACUGGUAUGUACACCUUAAAUAUUGAUGAUUUCCCCUAUAUUAAUUACAUUGUAUAAUUAUGUGCAUGCAGUCAUUAGAGAUGCCUUUUACUCCAUAUUUACACUGACUUUCUUUUAUUUUUUAAAUAUAUUUUUUAUUGAUUUUAGAGAGGAGGGGAGAAGGAGAGAGAAAUAGAAACAUCAAUGAUGAGAGAGAAGCAUGAUCAUCUGCCUCCUGCAUGCCCCCUACUGAGGACCGAGACUGCAACCCAGGCACGUGCCCUGACCGGGAAUAGAACUAUGAGCUCCUGGUCCAUGCUCAACCAUUGGGCCACAAGGCUGGGACUGGCUACAUUGACUUGCUAAGAACACAAUAGAUCAGAUUAUUCAAGGGCUUUGGCUGCACAUGGAAACUAUCAAAGUUGCAUGAGAUGUUUUCUAUAACAUAUCUACCUAGUGGAAUUUCUUCUUAGCAUGUUGGAUGAAUUUUCCUAUAUUUCUCAAGUAUCUCUCUUAGUAGGAGAGUGUAUGUUACAUUUAAGUGAUAGUCGGUAGAAAACAAUGGACAUGGAGUGAAUAUUACAGUUCAUUCCCCUACAUAAAAGGCAUUGUUUCAAAGUAGUUUGGAUCUGAGUUCCUGGGCUUGCUACUUUCUCUCUCAGGAUGUUAAGAAAUAUAAAAUAAAUCAUUUAAUUCAAAUCUUGAGGGUGAACAUCUAUGGGAAAUGUGUGAAUUUUUGUUAGGAUGUCUAUGUCAAGGUGAUGAACUAGUUGUGUUGUGGAAGGCUCACCCCUUCUGAAGCCUGUCGAAGUCUUCAAGUGAAAAUGUUUUUAAGAAUUUGAAAUUGCUUAUACAGGCCAAUGGGGAAAUGUUACCAAGAUUCAAAAGAGAGGGUGAGUGUUUUAAAGUUUAGCCUGCUAAUGGAAUGUUAUACCAGACAAGACUUUAUCUGGGAGUAAGCAGUAUGACUUUACCCUAAGGUAAUAGGAAGCAGUUAGUAUAAUGAGGUUUAGUUAAUAAAAUAUGAAAUUGUGUCUAAACUAAUCACUACCAUCAUCAUCAUCAAAUUUUAUUUUUCUUUAUAGUUUACAAGUGAUUCACAACAUUGAAAAUCACUUAAAGAAAUCCCCCCACAUCUUUCACUGCUGAGAUGGGAAGUUAUGCUCAGGGGUCUCAACUACCUUGGCCAGAGCCACAUGGCUGCCCAGUAACCAAAGGCAGGGCUUAGACUCAGGACCACGGGAGAUGUUUUAAGCGCAGCUCCCUGUAUAACCACGAUUGCCACAGAGGGCACCUGGCAGAGAGGCUGUGGGGAACAAGCCAGAGGCUCCACGGGAGCCCUGGAAGAAUGGACAAGGAGGGUCAGUCUGCCCAGUUACCAGAGGAAAGUCCUGAAGUGCUUGGCUGUCCAGCCAUCUUUCCAACAUACAUACAACCUGUAGCCAAGGAUGAAGGGAGUGGAGAGAAUGAAUGACCAGGAGAGAAAGGAUAAUGAGUUGUUUCUAUUGUUUAGGAGACCCAGAGGCCACUUCACAGUUACAUUUUCAUCCCAGCUUCUGUAAACCUAAUUACUUUCAUGAGAACUGUGUUUUCACUUUAUUUUCCAAAAUCCCUUAAAACUGAGAGUAACUACUCAGUUAACUAUGCCUCAAGGUUGCUGAAAUUUCUUUCUACCUGUGGACAAUUUUGUAAAAAGACUCUCUCCCCACCCACCUAAAUGUAUGCUAAUUAAUAAAUACAAUUUAAAGAAAGCCUUUU